UCGCCACCUGCCCACGCGCACGAGACCCCACGAAACCCUAAUUUCAAUGACCUCUAAAAGAAGAGCUUAUGUUUUAUGUUAGUUAUAUAUUGUUAAAUUCAUGAGGUAUAAGUGUUUUUUCUUUUGUUGAGGAAAAGAAAAAAGAAAAUUAUUCGAGAAACGAAAAAAACCUUAGCUCCCUAAACCAGAACACAAGACAUAACACAAAACACAGAGCCAAACGUUCAACGAAAGAAAGUUAGAAAUUAGACACUUGAUCCAUUCUUGUUUCAAGAGAGAGAAUUAAUUUCUUUCUUUUAUUUUUAUUUUUUUUCUUAUCAAACUGUCUGAGCUUUUCAUCUCUCUCUCUUAGUGCGUUUGUUAAUUUAUUCUCUUCUCUCUGCUUAAUUGAUUCUAUUAUGUGAUUUUGCAUCUGUUCUUUGUUCUUUCUAUUAAGAUCAUUUCUGGGUCGUUGAUCUUUCUAAACUAAUCUUCAUCGCCUUCUCUUUUCUUUUCUUUCUCUCUUUUUUGAUUCCAUUACCAUAUUGCAUCUAAUUCUCCCUCUCAUCAUGACUACUUCUUCCUUUCUUUGCUAAUUGUCAUCAUCUUUCUGUCACCAAAACCUGAGAGCAUAGCUACUAGCCUGCACAAGAACCCCUGUCUUUGACUUUGCGAUCUUCUUUAAUUCCUCUGAAGACGUGAACAAAAACCAUUGCAAGAACCUCAUCUUCCUCUUCUUCUCCACUUCUCUCAUCCCAAUCUGCAACCCUGGCUAAUCCUUGGUGGACCGGUCAAAUUGGCCUAGCAGGCCUAGACCCUGCAUCCAAUUCACCUUCCUUGAACAAAGCUAACCGCGAAAUCUCCAUCAAUGACAACAGCAACAGCAGAGGCGAAGACGACGACGAUAGGGACACUGGCGAUGAGCCUAAAGAAGGUGCUGUUGAGGUGGGUACUCGAAGACCUCGAGGCCGACCUCCUGGAUCCAAAAAUAAACCAAAACCUCCAAUUUUUGUCACACGAGACAGCCCUAAUGCUCUCCGUAGCCAUGUAAUGGAAGUUGUUGGUGGAGCUGAUGUAGCUGAGUGUGUUGCACAGUUUGCUCGGAGGCGUCAAAGAGGUGUUUGUGUGCUCAGUGGAAGUGGCUCAGUGGCCAACGUAACCCUAAGGCAGCCUGCAGCACCUGGCGCUGUAGUAGCACUUCAUGGUAGGUUUGAGAUUUUGUCCCUAACUGGGGCAUUUUUGCCUGGACCAGCUCCACCUGGCUCUACUGGUCUCACGGUGUACUUAGCCGGUGGACAAGGCCAAGUAGUUGGGGGAAGCGUAGUGGGUUCACUGAUUGCAGCAGGACCAGUUAUGGUAAUUGCAGCAACAUUUGCUAAUGCAACUUAUGAAAGAUUACCUUUGGAGGAUGAUGAGGAAGCUGCCAGUGCUGGCCAAGGACACAUCCAAGGUGGCUCUAACAACUCACCACCACCAAUUGGAAGCACUGGACAACAACCAGGCCUGCCGGAUCCCUCCGCGCUGCCGGUCUAUAAUCUGCCGCCCAAUCUAAUUCCUAAUGGAGGUCAGUUAGGGCAUGAUGCAUAUGCCUGGGCUCAUGGACGGCCGCCUUACCAGUAGAAACGGUGCUAGAGAGAGAUUGAGAUUAUUUACACGAGGCUUAAUUUGUGUUUGUACUCGAAAGGUAGGGGAUUAAUUGGAAAGAACAAGAACAAGAAAAAAAAAAAAAAUAGUAGAACAUAGAGUCAUGAAAGAAGAGAAAUCAUGGUUGUGAAUGUAUAUUAGAACUUGAUUUUACCUUUUCCCUUUUCUUGUUUGCAAUAAAAAAAUUAUGCUUUCUGCUUCCUUAAUUGUUUAUCAACUCCUAGUUGAAUAUAUUAUUUUCCUUCA